GUGUCCGCCUUGUUCGAGGGGCUGGUCGUAGAGGUCCGAUGCGUCACGUUUAUUUGGGCCUUCUGCAUCCCACUGGCAGGGAAGCGCCCGAUUUUUUCCCCUCCCUGCCUUAAAAACGUCCUGUAUAUAUUUAUUCCAAGCGUGAAUCUUCGGGAAAACAAGGUACCAAAGGAAAAACGCGACGCAAAGUAUGCAUUUGGAGACUACUCUUUGCCGUUUACUGGAGGAAAUUUCAGACACCUCCCCUUGGGAUUGGUAUUUAAUGUCCCAAAGUGCUGAUCCCUGAAAGCUGAAUUUAUACAUGUACAGUGGAAGAAUGACAGAAGCAUGGCAACAGCAACAUGCAGUGGCCCCUCCUCCUGUUGGGCAUCCCCUUUUACAAGGGGCAGAGAAUGCUUUGGGCAGUGCUGCAUAUGGUAUUGUCCUACAGGCAGACCCUGCUUUACAGCAGCCACAGCUCAGCCAGCAUGCACAGCAGCACCCGUUGCCAGCUCAGCAGCCUCAGCUGCAGGUGGGAGGUGAAGGUGGCCACAAAUGCGGUGCGUGUGGCCAUGAUAUUUCGCACCUGGCCAAUCCACAUGAGCAUCAGUGCAUGGUCAAUCAGGACCGUUCCUUCCAGUGCACCCAGUGCAUGAAGAUCUUCAACCAAGCAACGGAUCUUCUAGAGCAUCAGUGUGUCCAGGUUGAGCAGAAGCCAUUUGUGUGUGGUGUGUGCAAAAUGGGAUUCUCCCUUCUUACGUCUUUGGCACAACAUCAUAAUGAGCACACCACUGGAAACAAUCCAAUGAAGUGCUCUAUUUGUGAAAAAACAUACCGCCCAGACUCCUCUUCUAACCCUCAGCAGCCCUCUACUGCUGAGACGUCCAGUGAUGGGGCAGCCAUGGGUUCCUCUUCCUCUACAGCUUUCCAGGACUCUGACCGUCCAUAUAAGUGCUCUGUGUGCAAUAAGGCAUUUCGUCACCUUUCGGAACUCUCACGCCAUGAAAGAGUGCACACGGGCGAGAAACCCUACAAGUGUGACACUUGUGAGAAGAGUUUUAGUCAGGCUUCUCAUCUGGCGCACCACCAGCGCACUCACAGUGCUGAUCGCCCGUAUAAAUGUGCCGUUUGCGAGAAGACCUUCAAGCACAGGCAGCACCUGGUACGGCACAUGUACGCUCACUCUGGUGAGCACCUUUUCAAGUGUAACCUCUGCGAGCUUCAUUUCAAGGAGUCGUCCGAACUGCUGCACCACCAGUGCCAGCCAGCUGGAGAGCGACCCUUCCGCUGCACAGCAUGCGGGAAAAGCUUCAAGCGGCCCUCAGACCUGAGGCAGCACGAGCGCACCCACUCCGAAGAGCGGCCUUUCCAGUGUGAGGAGUGUCAGAUGAGCUUUAAGCAGCAGUACGCACUUGUUCGCCACCGCCGUACGCACAAAAACCCGGCAGAUCGCCCUUUCAAGUGCAAUCAGUGUGACAAAGGUUUCCUGCAGCCUUCCCACCUACUCUACCACCAGCAUGUCCACGGCAUCGAGAGUCUGUUCAAAUGUGCCGCUUGUCAAAAGGGCUUCAGACAAUCCGGGGAACUUCUCAGGCACAAGUGUACAGAAUCGAACUCCGGAUCGAAUGCCGUGGAGAAGCCGUACAAGUGCGACGUGUGUGGGAAGGGCUACAAAAAGUCGUCAACGUUACAGAGGCACCAGAACUCCCAUUGCACCGAAAAGCCGCUGAAGUGCUCGCUCUGCGGCCGCCGCUUCCAGUCCUCGUCUGAUUUUGUGCAGCACCGAUGCGACCCUGCUCGGGAGAAGCCGAUGAAAUGCGCGGACUGCGAGAGGCGCUUUAAAUACUCAUCUGAGUUGCAGAGACAUCGAAGAGUCCAUACAGGAGAGAAACCCUUCAAGUGUCCCACCUGUGACAAGGGAUUCAAACAGCGGGAACACUUAGCCAAACACGGCAUUGUCCACUCCCGUGAAGCCCAGUUCAAGUGUGUCUGGUGUGGAGAGUGUUUUGGAGAGCUUGGAGCCCUUCAAGAACAUACAGUUCAACACACUGCAGAAGGAGGGGGCUAUCCUGCGUCCUCGUGCAUAGAGUAGUUACAGUCUUACCAAGCGAAAAUGUACUCUGCUUGCUUUAGCAACAUUGCAAUUUACUUGCAUAUAUUAAGUGAAAUUGUGCAUUUUAUACAUCCCACAAGCAUUGCAGUACUUGUUGGACUGGUAAGGAACUACAUAAAGUGUCAGCUUGUAGAAGUCUCAGUGUACCUCUGGGUAGAUAUUGGCAACAUUGGGUUUACUCCACAGACAGAAACUUGCCUCAGUUCUGUACCAGACACACAGACGAACAUAACCACACGUAAAUGGUUGCUACACAAUAAUAAGCUUGUAAAAAGGAACAAUUUUGUUCCAUGUGCAACUCUAUAUGCUUAAGACUGGUGUUUCCAACAAAGGAAAAGCUGAUCAGUUUUUAAAAGAACUAAAUAUUUAGUUUGAAUUCUGCUUUAUAUCUAAAUUCAGUCUAUCUUAAACAAGAAGUAAAUGCAGUAGUACAGCUACCAGUAACAGCUUUUCCAGAAUGACAUAAAUUGGUAUGCAAGAUGUUAACAACCUGGGUAUGCUUUUUGGUCUUCAUACGAUUGACCACAACUAGAUGUUUCAUUGCAUGGAUUUUGUUUAUUAUUAUUAUUAUUAUUAUUUUAUAAUUAUUUGGCCUUGUAACUUUUAAAUUAACUGCCUUCCUGUAUCUCCAUCUCAUGCUUCCAUGUUAGCUAUGGAACUUGAACACUGUAUGGCCAUCUGGACAAUAUACAGUAGUGAUUGUAUGUAUUCGUAAUGUAUAACUCCCAUCACCUAACCCAUACUGUAACAGGGUACAUGUAUGCAUGAAUAGCCUAAAUAAUUUAUUUAGUUGGUUGUAAUCUGUCAUUAGUGCAAACUGCGAUGUUAACUUCUAGGCAAAGGACUACAAGAGAAAUUUUUUAUAUAUAUAU